GGAGCGUCCCGCACUCCGCGGGUCCGGCCCUGGGGCACUUGGGAAGGAAGGGGCUCUAGCUGCGGUAAUGAGAGGAAGCAAGGAAACCCUCUCAAAGUGACGUCCCAAACAGGUCCUGAUUUCGAAUUCGAAGCUAAAGACUGCUAGAAAUUGGGCCUCCUUCGCACACCCCUCUCCGCCCCCACCCCAAAGCCCCGGCGGUUUGCUGGCUGCUUGCUUCCCCGCCCCUAGCUCGGAGGUCGCGGGCCGGCGGGCGCUCCGUCGGCCGCGGCUUCCUCCUCGAAACCCGCCGGCGCGCAUGAGGCCGCUGCCCCCGCCACAGGCACUGGCGCCCCCCUCGCGGUGCCCGUGGUGAUGCCAUGCCCCGCCACCACGCGGGAGGAGAGGAGGGCGGCGCCGCUGGGCUCUGGGUGAAGAGCGGCGCGGCGGCGGCGGCGGCGGCGGCGGCGGGCGGGGGGCGCCUGGGCAGCGGCAUGAAGGAUGUGGAGUCGGGCCGGGGCAGGGUGCUGCUGAACUCAGCCGCCGCCAGGGGCGACGGCCUGCUGCUGCUGGGCACCCGCGCGGCCGCGCUCGGCGGCGGCGGCGGCGGCAGCGGCGGCGGCCUGAGGGAGAGCCGCCGGGGCAAGCAGGGGGCCCGGAUGAGCCUACUGGGGAAGCCGCUCUCGUACACCAGUAGCCAGAGCUGCCGGCGCAACGUGAAGUACCGGCGGGUGCAGAACUAUCUGUACAACGUGCUGGAGAGACCCCGCGGCUGGGCGUUCAUCUACCACGCGUUCGUUUUUCUCCUUGUCUUUGGUUGCUUGAUUUUGUCAGUGUUUUCCACCAUCCCUGAGCACACAAAAUUGGCCUCAAGUUGCCUCUUGAUUCUGGAGUUCGUGAUGAUUGUCGUCUUUGGUUUGGAGUUCAUCAUUCGAAUCUGGUCUGCAGGUUGCUGUUGUCGGUAUAGAGGAUGGCAAGGAAGACUGAGAUUUGCCCGAAAGCCCUUCUGUGUUAUAGAUACCAUUGUUCUUAUCGCUUCGAUAGCAGUUGUUUCUGCAAAAACUCAGGGUAAUAUUUUCGCCACAUCCGCACUCAGAAGUCUCCGUUUCCUACAGAUCCUCCGUAUGGUGCGCAUGGACCGAAGGGGAGGCACUUGGAAAUUACUAGGUUCGGUGGUUUAUGCUCACAGCAAGGAAUUAAUCACGGCUUGGUACAUAGGAUUUUUGGUUCUUAUUUUUUCAUCUUUCCUUGUCUAUCUUGUGGAAAAGGAUGCCAAUAAAGAGUUUUCUACAUAUGCAGAUGCUCUCUGGUGGGGCACAAUUACAUUGACAACGAUUGGCUAUGGAGACAAAACUCCCCUAACUUGGCUGGGAAGAUUGCUUUCUGCAGGCUUUGCACUCCUUGGCAUUUCUUUCUUUGCACUUCCUGCCGGCAUUCUUGGCUCGGGUUUUGCAUUAAAAGUACAAGAACAGCACCGCCAGAAACACUUUGAGAAAAGAAGGAACCCAGCUGCCAACCUCAUUCAGUGCGUUUGGCGUAGUUAUGCAGCUGAUGAGAAAUCUGUUUCCAUUGCAACCUGGAAGCCACACUUGAAGGCCUUGCACACCUGCAGCCCCACCAAGAAAGAACAAGGGGAAACAUCAAGCAGUAAGUUCUGUAGUAAUAAGCAGAAGCUCUUCAGAAUGUACACCUCACGGAAGCAGAGUCAGAAGCUAAGUUUUAAGGAGCGAGUACGCAUGGCUAGCCCAAGGGGCCAGAGUAUUAAGAGCAGACAAGCCUCAGUAGGUGACAGGAGGUCCCCGAGCACCGACAUCACAGCCGAGGGCAGCCCCACCAAAGUGCAGAAAAGCUGGAGCUUCAACGACCGAACCCGCUUCCGGCCCUCGCUGCGCCUCAAAAGUUCUCAGCCUAAACCAGUGAUAGACGCUGACACAGCGCUUGGCACUGAUGAUGUAUAUGAUGAAAAGGGCUGCCAGUGUGACGUAUCAGUAGAAGACCUCACCCCACCGCUUAAAACUGUCAUUCGAGCUAUCAGGAUUAUGAAAUUUCAUGUUGCAAAACGGAAGUUUAAGGAAACAUUACGCCCAUAUGAUGUAAAAGAUGUCAUUGAACAAUAUUCUGCUGGUCAUCUAGACAUGUUGUGUAGAAUUAAAAGUCUCCAAACACGUGUCGACCAAAUUCUUGGAAAAGGGCAAAUCACAUCAGAUAAAAAGAGCCGAGAGAAAAUAACAGCAGAACAUGAGACCACUGAUGAUCUCAGUAUGCUCGGCCGUGUGGUCAAGGUUGAAAAACAGGUGCAGUCCAUCGAGUCCAAGCUGGACUGCCUACUAGAUAUAUAUCAACAGGUCCUCCGGAAAGGCUCUGCCUCUGCCCUCACUUUGGCCUCAUUCCAGAUCCCACCUUUUGAAUGUGAACAGACAUCUGACUAUCAAAGCCCUGUGGAUAGCAAAGACCUGUCCAGUUCCGCACAGAACAGUGGCUGCUUAUCCAGAUCAGCUAGUGCCAACAUCUCUCGAGGCCUGCAGUUCAUUCUGACGCCAAAUGAGUUCAGCGCUCAGACUUUCUAUGCGCUUAGCCCUACUAUGCACAGUCAAGCAACACAGGUGCCAAUGAGUCAAAGUGAUGGCUCUGCAGUGGCAGCCGCCAACAACAUUGCAAACCAAAUAAAUGUGGCACCCAAGCCAGCAGCCCCAACAACUUUACAGAUCCCGCCUCCUCUCCCAGCCAUCAAGCAUCUACCCAGGCCAGAAACCCUGCACCCAAACCCCGCAGGCUUACAGGAAAGCAUUUCUGAUGUCACCACCUGCCUUGUUGCCUCCAAGGAAAAUGUUCAGGUUGCACAGUCAAAUCUGACCAAGGACCGUUCUCUAAGGAAAAGCUUUGAUAUGGGAGGAGAAACUCUGUUAUCUGUCCACCCCGUGGUGCCCAAGGACUUGGGCAAAUCCCUGUCAGUGCAAAACCUGAUCAGGUCAACGGAGGAACUGAAUAUACAGCUUUCUGGAAGUGAGUCAAGUGGCUCCAGAGGCAGCCAGGAUUUUUACCCCAAAUGGAGGGAAUCCAAAUUGUUUAUAACUGAUGAAGAGGUGGGUCCUGAAGAGACUGAGACAGACACGUUUGACGCUGUGCCGCAGCCUGCCAGGGAAACUGCUUUUGCGUCAGACUCUCUAAGGACUGGAAGGUCACGAUCAUCUCAGAGCAUUUGUAAGGCAGGAGAAAGUACAGAAGCCCUCAGCUUGCCUCAUGUCAAACUGAAAUAAGUUCUUCAUUUUCCUUCUAGCAUAGCAGUUCCUUUAGCCAGACAUAUCAUUGCAUGAACUAUUUCGAAAGCCCUUCUAAAAAGUUGAAAUUGCAAGAAUCAGGAAGAACACGAAAGAAAGUUUAUAAGCCCGUUAUCUUUUAAUUGCAUGAAAAUGCAUGUUAGGGAUGGCUGAAAUUCCAAGGUACAUCAACAUUAACCCACUCAUUUAGUAAUGUACCUUGAGUUAAAAAUCCUGAGAAACCAAACACUGCUAAUGCUUUGGGGUGUGUGACAAUGUCAAGAUUAGGUCAUUUAGAAGAUUUGACUCUGUGUUUUGAAAUUAUGGGAGUAAACAACUUCAAAUUUCAGGCAUUUCUGCUUUGUGAUUAAAUACAAAAUACAUUUUCAAAAUUAGGCCAUAAUGUAUAUGUAAACACAAUGGCUACCAUCAACCGCUGCUAACAAGGUAUCAAGGAAAGCAGAACUUGGGAAUAAUAAUAGAAACGGCUGCUUAUUUCAAGAUAUAUUUACCAACCCAUUCCUAUCCAGUCAUUUUAUUAUUAAUGUAAUUUGAAUGUCAAUCUGUGUGCUUUUGGUGAUUUAACGCUGUGGCAAGCAAUUUUGCACAUCAUUUUCAUGUUGUUCUUUAGGACGAGAAUGUUCUUCAGUUAGAAAGUGUGCAAAUAAUGAAAUUCAGGGCCAGUGGGGCAAAUAGACUAUUUGAUACAUGUGAGUUCAUGGGAAGGUAUUCCUCGAUGGCUAAAUCACCUUUAUAAGUGGUCGACUUCUACACAAGCGAAUACAAUACGGAUGAGUAGAAGGACCAGUGCGGCUGGGCUGAUCUCUCUGCAAUGGCGCCACCCCCAGCUUGCUGUAGUGUCAGAAACCAUUCCUGCCGAAUUGACAGGCAGGAUCCUGGGGAAUUAGACAUUGGAGUGAGACUGAAACGGGAAAGGCUUGAAAAGAAUCCAGACACAACACCAGGAAGUGGGUGAAGUUAAUGAAAAUAGCCUCACCCUCAGAGGGUAAAGAGAGGGAGAAAAACAAACCAAAAUAGAAGAACUUGAUCUUUUUAGAAAAUGAAUAUUACUAGGGAAUCUCAACUACCUAAACAUCCCUUCGUCUUAUAUAUAAACAGAGAAUUUUGCAAGGUAUUUAUUUUUUAAUACGCCCUGAAUGUUUUUUGCUAUUAUGUAAUACAUUUUGCAUAUGGAAGGCUAUAACUAAACUUCCUUUACUUUUUAUACUGUAGCAAACAUUUUCUAUUCUCCCCCAAGAAUGUUGCCCCAAAUCUAUAAUUAUUGGUUCCGUUUCUGGUAUAUACAUUUACAGUUAGAAGCCAGGUACUCCUGGCUGGGUCUGCAAAUCAAAACACUUAAUCAUAUAGCCGCAGCAGCAAGGACCCAAGGGAAACAAAGUGAAAGAUGCAUUUACCAGAAAAGCAAGCCACGUUGACUGCUUGUUGGAAACCUCUCUAGCUGUCUCAAAACUUCAGCCAAGGUAAUGGCAUUAAAAAAAGCAAGGAGAAGCCAGAGAGCACUUCAGUUCAGUUAAACUCCAGCCACAGAAGGACUUAUGAAAGGAAGAGUUUUUUUCCUUGGCAGAUAAUGCUCCUCCAAAAAACUUUCAUCAGCCAGGAAGACAAAGCAGGGAUAGCAACUGGCUGUCCAAAGGCAGGAGGAGGCCCUGAAAUCCACCAGUCCUUCCCAACUGUCUCCCCCAACUGGCUUUCUCCACCCCUGACUCUCCUACUCUUCCUCUCCAAUAACUUAUCAAUUCCCUGCCACUCUUUUGCUCCUGAACUUCACCAGGCCUUACCCAGUCUCCAUCCCCAAGUAAGCGACUUCUCUGCUCUUCCUCAAAUAGGCUUCUCAACCUUUUAAAACCCUUGCCCCUUUUGAUAAGCACUGAAAUUUUAAAAGCUUUUUCUUCUCAACCCACCUGGAUUCUAGCAUCCUCCCCUGGAGUGUAUCAUUCAGAAUCUUCUUGGCUGCUGGAGACAUACAGAAGUUAGGGUCUCAAUUCUACACUCCAGUUAAAAAAGAUUUUAUCAAGCUUUUAAAGCAAUUAUUUUCAUUUUUGAAGCACAGAAUUUUAGUAAAUUAUUAAAUGAAGUUUUUCACCUACUAUGUCUCUCCUCAACCUGAAGUUGCGACACACUCUCCCAAAGAGGUUGGACACACACGCGCGCGUAUACACACACACACACACACACACCAUUCCUCUGACCUAAAGCCAGACACCUGCCAUGCACACUGCAGGCUCUCUCCAAAUAUCAGUCGAGGAAGAGGAGGGAGGCAGCAACUUUCAGGUAGCACUGAUUCCUGGACAUACUCUGUCCUGGGUCGAACCCCACUGGCAGCAGGAAUUCUGAAUGUAUUGGGGACCCCUCCUUAGGCCUCUUUAGGCUUCAAACACAGUAUUCAUCCAGCAUUGCUGAAGACUGAAGAUUCAGAAACAAACCCUAAAUGCAUCACUGAGGUCUUAAUCGUAGCAAAAUGUGAUAAACCAUGAUGUGAAAAACUUUUAUACAUUGAAGCCAUGACCAUUUUGUGUCUAUCUUACUCUAGCACAAAAACUGUUGGAUGUUAAAAGAUAGUCGUGCUAUAUGCAAACUGUAGGGUUUUGUCUGUUGUGCUACUCUCGACGGAGUUGAGAGGGGUCUCCCAUUUACACUUAGCAAAGUCCCAUUGGUCCAUGCCAAAUGGUGUCUUGAAGCACAAUUUAGCUGAGCACUGAGCAGUCACAUGCUCAGAAGUUUGUCUGCCUUCUUCAAUAUGUAGGGUUGAUGAAGCUAACACGCACUAGCAAACAUCCCUUCUAUGAGGUUGACUAAAAAUAUUGCUGUGUCUGGUCUAAAUGUUUGCAUUUUGUUCAACUAAAUUAAUAUCUGUAGGUUGCAAGUUUUGUUUUAAGUAAGACACUUUAUUGAGUUUUUAAGUCUUUAUCUCCUGUUCAAAGGUGCCUUUCUCACCUCCCAUUGACUCAGUGAUUCUGAAAGUUCAUAAUUUGCAGGUGAAACAAGUCUAAUAGGAGGAAAUCAGGCACAAAGUGACUAAUUCUCAUGCCCAUUUGCAAAGCAAAACUACAAGAAAGGAUGAAAUCUGAGCAACUAAAUUAACGGAUCACUUCAUUCAACCAGACUGAGAAAAUGUCAUAAACAUUAAUGUAUCUCCCCAGAAGCUGAUAUUUUUUGCCUUAAAUGACAUGGUUGUGUUUUUGUAAGAGAAACUUAAUAUAAUUAUGUGCAUUUUAAGUGAGCAGUUCUAAAAGUCAAGUAUGACAAUACAGUCGUCUGUUCCUGAAAACAAAUAAAUCAGGAACAUCAUACCCAUCUCAAGCUAUCAUUGAAAUGUAAUUUCCUUUGCUCUCUUUUACUGGGAUCAUUUGUUUUAAAGUAAAACAUUAAAAAUAUGUCUAUAAACA